AUGGACGUGGACGUGGACGUGGACGUGGACGUGGACGUGCACGUGGACGUGGACGUGAACGUGAACGUGGACGUGGACGUGGACGUGAACGUGAACGUGAACGUGAACGUGAACGUGGACGUGAACGUGGACGUGGACGUGGACGUGAACGUGGACGUGGACGUGGACGUGAACGUGAACGUGAACGUGGACGUGGACGUGCACGUGGACGUGCACGUGAACGUGGACGUGAACGUGGACGUGGACGUGGACGUGGUCACGGACGUGAACGUGGACGUGGACGCGGACGUGGACGUGGACGUGGACGACGUGGAUGUGGAGGACGUGGACGUGGACGUGGAGGACGUGGACGUGGACAAGGACGUGGACGUGGACGUGGUCGUGGACGUGGAGGUUGACGUGGACGUGGACGUGGUCGUGGACGUGGAGGACUUGGACGUGGACGUGGAUGUGGACGUGGACGUGGACGUGGACGUGGACAUGGUCGUGGACGUGGACGUGGACGUGGACGUGGACGUGGACGUGGACAUGGACGUGGACGUGGACGUGGACGUGGACGUGAACGUGGACGUGGACAUGGUCGUGGACGUGGACGUGAACGUGGCAAAGACGUGGACAUGGACGUGGACGUGA